AUGGUUGGGCUGGUGACAACCGCCGGCAUUGCUUCCACCGUUUACACGGUAGACCUUGGUCAUACUGCUGUAGUCUUUAAUGGGAUAUCUAAGUCCACUUUUUGCCUAAAUCCAGGUAUUCAUUUCCUUCUUCCAUGGAUACAUACACCCCAUGUCUUCGAUGUAAGAGCAACCAUCCAUACUUUGCAAUCCACCUUCUUUACCAAAGAUGAUAAAAAAAUAAGCCUUCAGUUUCACAUUGUCGCUCGACCAAACGUUGAACAUUUACCCACCUUGCUUAACCGGAGAGGCUUUAGGUAUUACGAAAUAUUAUUGCCCACUCUAAACAGUGGUAUGAAUGAUUUGGGGAAAACUUACACUUUGUCUCAGAUUCUGGAGGAUGAGAUAAUUUUCUCCGAAACCAUUCCAUCUCUUUUGCGCGAAAAUGCCCACAAAAACGGUAUUAUUCUCGAUAUAGUAGCGAUAACAUCCUUUGAGUAUCCAUCCACCCGAAAGUGGUUUUGCUCCCGCUCUCGAUAUAUGAUGUUGCACAAGGGUUCUGGUUCGGGGUGGUUGUGGGUGGUUGCUGCAAACAGAGCAGCCAUAGAGGUUGCGAUGAUGGAUGACCGUGGAGUUCCCAGGCUUGGGAUGGACUGGCAGAUUUCCUAG